AUGGGGAUAAACCACGACAAUGAUCACCCAUCCUGUGCAGAUGGUCUUCAUAUCAUGUCUGGGGAAUGGAUUAAAGGACAGAAUCUUGGGGAUGUUUCAUGGUCUCCGUGCAGCAGGGAAGAUCUAGAAAGAUUUCUCAGGUCAAAGGCCAGUAACUGUCUGCUACAGACGAAUCCUCAGAGCCUCAAUUCUGUGAUUAUUCCCUCCAAGCUCCCAGGAAUGACGUACACUGCAGAUGAACAGUGUCAGAUUCUUUUUGGACCAACGGCUUACUUUUGCCAAGAAAUGCAGCAUGUCAUUUGCACUGGGUUGUGGUGUAAGGUGGAAAGUGAGAAGGAAUGCAAAACUAAACUGGAUCCGCCAAUGGAUGGAACAGACUGUGACACUGGAAAGUGGUGUAAGGCUGGAGAGUGUAUCAACCGGACCUCUUUUGCGGAGCAUAUGGAGGGGGAGUGGAGCGCAUGGAGCACUUGUAGCCGUACUUGCAACACUGGAAUCAGCAGUCGACAACGCAAAUGCCCUGGUUCAGGCCUUGAAGGAGAGUGUCAUGGUCCCAUGAUGCAGUAUAGAGUCUGUGAAAAUCCUUCUUGUCCUGCUGGUGUGCCUGCCUUCAGGGACUGGCAGUGCCAGGCUUUCAGUGUUAGAUCUUCAUAUCAGAAGCACGUGCACCAGUGGCAGGCUGUCAUCGAUGAUGAAAAGCCAUGUGCCUUAUUCUGUUCACCGGCUGGAAAGGAUCAACCCAUUCUUCUAACAGAAAAGGUGAUGGAUGGGACUUCUUGCGGCCAGCAUGGGUUAGAUGUCUGUGCAGAUGGUAGAUGCCAGAAAUUUGGCUGUGAUGGCAUAUUAGGAUCUCUGGCUCGUGAAGAUCAUUGUGGUGUAUGCAAUGGUAAUGGAAAGUCAUGUAAAGUUAUUAAAGGUGAUUUUAACCAUACCAGAGGAGCAGGUUAUGUGGAAGCUUUGGUGAUACCUGCAGGAGCAAGGAGAAUCAAAGUUGUGGAAGAAAAACCAGCUCAUAGUUAUUUAGCUCUUCGAGAUGCUGGAAAACAGUCAAUCAAUAGUGACUGGAAGAUAGAGCAUUCAGGAACAUUCAAUAUUGCUGGGACCACUGUCCAUUAUGUUCGGAGAGGUCUCUGGGAGAAAAUAUCAGCCAAAGGUCCCACAACAUCACCUUUACAUUUACUGGUAUGA